AACACACCAAGUAAGCACUAUUUUCUUUUUAUACACAUUUCUACAAAGAUCAAAAAAAUUGAAAAAAAAAUGGAAUCUACAAUAUCUUCAUCUUCAUCUCGAUCCGUAUCGCCUUCGUCUUCAUCUUCACCUAACUCACCACCACCCCCGUCAAUGACAGUGGUGGUGGUGAGUCCUUGCGCCGCCUGUAAAAUAUUACGGCGGCGCUGUGCUGAGAAAUGUGUGUUGGCACCUUAUUUUCCUCCAAAUGAUCCUAUUAAGUUCACUACGGCUCAUCGUGUGUUUGGUGCUAGCAAUAUUAUCAAGUUUUUACAGGAAUUACCAGAAUCUCAAAGGGCAGAUGCUGUAAGCAGCAUGGUAUAUGAAGCAAAUGCAAGACUAAGAGAUCCAGUAUAUGGUUGUGCUGGUUCAAUUUGUCAAUUACAAAAGCAAGUUAGUGAUCUUCAAGCACAAUUAGCUAAAGCACAAGCUGAAAUUGUCAACAUGCAAUGUCAACAAGCAAAUCUCAUGGCACUAAUUUGUAUGGAAAUGGGCCAAUCUAAUCCACAACCAAUAUCACCACCACAACAAUCUUUAGAAAAUUUCCCUAUGAAUUACUUAGAUGAUAACAUUGGAUCAUGGGAAACCCUAUGGACAUGAUCGAGUCGAUUUAAGGAAAAAACGCUUUCUAUACCAAUAGAUUCAUCAGUUCUAACUCAGGUCCUAGAAAAUUUCAUCGAAUACUCAAGAUAAAUUUUGAGUAAAUUAUAUAGUAUUUAAAAAAAAAAAAAGAAUCGCGAAUAAAAUUUAUGUAAUAUUAUUUGAUUUCUUAGUGAAAGGAAAAAUGAAAAUUGAUGCAAAUCUUUAAAGAUUUGUGUCAAUGUCUAGUCUAGUAAUUUUUAUUUUUAUAUAUAUAUAUAUAUAUAAUAUGAUUCUAGUCAGAAAAA